GUGCUUCCUUGCUCUAUUCUCCUCUCAGCCUGCUUAAUGACUUAGAAAUGGAGGCAAAGGUGUUCCAGCUAACGUGCGCACAUCUUCCUCUCCAUGGCCCGUCCCUUGGGAAGACUCCAUCAUCUCUAAGCUCUCCUCUUCUCAUGUCUAAAUCGCCAUUCGUCGAAGCAGUUCUGCGAAGGAACAAGAACAAGGACGAGCAGGAACUACAGGAGCUUCCGAAGGGGCUUCCGAAGGAGUUUUACGAUGAUGAAUGGCAAGCUCGGCAACGAGAAAAGACUAAACAAUUGCACCGAAGACGCCAAGAGGAAGAGGAAGAGGAGGAAAGGAAGAUUGAAGAAUAUCGUGAAAUUGCCUCACGGCUGAAGGGCUAUCCUGAUGAAGAAGUUAGAAAAGCAAGGAUAUUGGUUUCAAGCUUUAUCAAAGCAGCUGAAGAAGUGGAAGAGAAAAUUGAAGAAGCUGCUGAGAGAGGGGAACUCACUGAACUUGUUCUGAUGGUCAUAUGGAAUCGUCUUGAUCUUGCUCGACGAGAUGAUGAAAAAGAUGUCAUCAGAAGUCUUGAUCUCUUAUACCGGAGGGUUGAGACAGAGAUUUUGAAACGAGAGGCGACUCCUGCAAUGAGACUUCUCAAUGAUCUUUUGAAUUUGCAUGAUGGGUUUAAUGAUGAAGCGUGGCUGAAGGAGUGCAAAAGGCGUAUGAUUGAUACAUUUCCACAAGAAGAUCCAUUCAGUAUUCUUGUGCCAGCUGGGUUUGACAUUGACAAGCACCAAGGUCCUCUGUCACUGCCACCGGAAGCUGAUGAUAUUCUACUGAGGGUGGAUUUUGUUCGAGAAGUUGAUGCUUUGUUACAAGAAGUUCGGUCUGAACAAAGCAGGGUACACAACGAAGAAGGACUUGACCCCUUGGCCGUUGCGAACAAGUUGAAGCAACAAGAGAAGCAACGGACCAUACAUCAAGUAGAAGCUCUGCUGGAUCUGGCGAUUAAUUUGACAAAGUAGAAAAGCAGUGCUCACUGUUAAUGGGCUUUUCUUAGGGAGAUUAUUGUAGUGAUCCUAGGACCUGUCACUAGAAAUUGUGCUGUACUUGACCUUUGUCAAUGGCUAAAAUUAUUGAGAGGGUUCCUGUAUUAUGAAUGAACAGAAUAUGUAAGUUGCUUAUUGAUUCAUAUGUUUGUUUUAAUUUUUUUUAUUUGUCUAUUGGAGAAGCCUUAAAAGUAAAUCAAAGGAGGGAGUGCGAAGUAUUUACAAGCUUCUUUUUGUUGAGAAAUAAUAACAAAGUUUGAGUUGUGGCUUGUAUUCAAAAUGAUUAUCCUCUUGAAGUUUGUAAAUAAGUUGGAGGUUUUGCAUGGAAA